CGCUUUUUCGAAAGUCCUUUUAAAUUUGUCGUCAGAUGACAUUUGCUGUAAAGCCUACUUCACAGCACUAACCGAUAAAUAUUUAUUUUGAACAAUAUACCACGUGAUUAAAUGUUCGGUUUCACCUGGGAUUUUACCUGGUGUGUGUACUGUUUUGAAUCCCGUAGCGACUCUGUACCUGCAAUACUCCGUUACAACACCUGAACGUGUGUACAACUGACCUGUGAAAAUGUCGAACAGUUCUGGAGGAGAAUACUGGAUUAAUGAAAGCAUUAAAGAUGAACCUUUUGAGGAGCGGUAUGCGCUAGGACCUGAACUUGGAAGGGGCACAAACUCAAUCGUCAACAAAUGUACCAUUCGUUUGACUGAUGAAGCAUGGGCAGUAAAAACCAUCAACAAAAGGACGAGACCCUGUCGAAGGGAAGUGGAGAAAGAAAUUGGUCUGCUGUUGAUGCUGAAUCACCAGAAUCUGAUACGCCUGAAGGAAAUUUACGAGACCGAAACCCAUCUACAACUUGUCCUAGAACUCGCUAAAGGUGGAGAACUCUUCGACAGCAUUGAGAUCCGUGGGACUUAUACCGAAAAAGAGGCUGCACAUAUUAUGAGAGACAUUCUGGAGUCUGUGCGAUAUAUGCACGAGAAAGGCGUCAUUCACAGAAAUAUUAAGCCCGAAAAUCUCUUACUGGAGGAUCUAAAGGAUAUCCCGAGAAUCAAAUUAACUGAUUUUGGUCUGUGGACGAUACAGGAAAAGGAGGUUCAGAUGAAUAUGGUGUGUACUUCUCCUGACUAUAGUGCUCCCGAGAUGUUGCGAGGAUUACCAUGUAGUAAAGCUGUAGAUUUGUGGAGUUGUGGGGCCAUCGCGUUUGUUUUACUUGCUGGCUACGAACCAUUCCUAGACGUACACGGAGACACGUAUAAAAGAGUGAUAAAGGUAGACUACUCCUUCGAUGAAAACAUCUGCUCGGAAAUCAGUGAAAAUGCAAAGGAUUUUAUACACAAGAUGCUCCAGGAGGAUCCAAAGAAUCGAAUGAGUGCUGCUGCCGCUCUUCGACAUCCCUGGGUAAGAGGAGUUGCCGCCAAAAAUGCAUGUCUUCUGCAGACGCAGGAAAGCAUCAAGGACUUCAAUGCCCGACGGAAGUUUAAGGUUGAUAAGGUUGAGACUGGGGAUACCUCUCUGGAUUCUGCCCCUUUGAUUACAAACCAAAUGUCUGGAGAGUGACAUACUUAAGCUGGGCGACUUCUCCCUGACGCAUUGUGCAAUGCUUGGAGCCUGGAUUACUCGAGACCUACCUGACGUAGAAACAACAUAGUAUGACGUCAUUGUUCAAAUGUUUUUACAGAUAUAAUAACCGUGAUAAAGUCACCAUUGUUUACAAAUGUUAAAAACACCGAAAGACAGUUUUUAUUCAAGAUAUUAUAUACGAUAUACGGAUUUGCCAACACUGUUUUCAUUUCUGAAAUAAUUCAAGGUCUAUGAACUAUACUGUCUACAAGAUUAAUUUGAAAUAAAACUGAACGUAUGAAGACUACAUAUGUACAUUGAUAUAGUAUGAUUUGCACGUGUGUACCCAAUACAUGGAGAUUCCUAUGUGAUUUUUGUAUGAAUCACGUCAUAGUCCCCAAAGUACCUGGCGUAACCUUUCGUGUCAUUGUUACUGUUCUUCUGCAAAACGCCUUGUCCACCGAUGCACAAUGUUAACGAUUUCAAACUGCAUUUCACGGCGAAAAGAUGUUCGUGAAUUCUAGAAAACGAGGAAAUAACAGAUGGCUUGAUAAAUCGACAAUGUUUCACUCAUUGGAUAUCACCGUACGAUAACCUGGACUGUACAGAUUGUGAUAUCCAUAAUUAACAGUAUUUCCUGAUAGCAUUAUCUGUGAUAAUCUAUUAUUGUGUUGUAGGAAAUAUUUACUAUUAUAGAUGUACAUACUCAUUGGAUUGCCUUAGCGCGUCAUCUGGUACCUGUAUAGCAGAUUUAGUUAUGAGACAGCUGAUUUUAAAGUUACAGUAGUUUCUCUAAUUCCUUUUUUUUUUCUUUUUAAUUUGGGUUCGACUUCUGUUUUUACCUAAUUUUCAGAAUGUUUUUUAAGUCUCGUUUGUACUAUGUUACAUGUGUCCCCUUUGUUCUAGCAGUUCGAUAAAUCUCUUUGAUAUUGUAUAACAUAAAUGUUCUGUCUGUCCAGUAUAUCUUUUAACGUUGAUGAUAUGUAUAUCGAUGUUCAAUCUGUUAAUUACAUCUUUAAAUGUUGAUGUUGUGAACAUCAAUGUUCAAACUUGUUCAGUAUAUCUUUAUAUGUUGACAUCAUGUACAUCAAUGUUAAAGCUGUUCCCUUCUGUGGUAACGCUGUGUUGUUUGUGUCGUUCAUUUCACUGUUGCCAUGUGAUCAUGUGAGAUUCAACUGUAACCUGGUAAAUCAUUGAUCAUACAUUACUGUAUCUGUCUGUCCUGUAGGUUUCGUAUCUUCUAGGAAUGGUAUACAAUAGCAGGAGAUAUGUUACCUCUUGCUAUUCUGUAAUUUUAAGGAAUUAUUUAAAUGUUAUAUCAUUAAACAAUAUUCAUGACGAUCUCUACACUUAAGUCUCAUUUUAGUUAAGCCAGAUAUAUAGAAACACCUGACGAGGUCAGCAUGUUACCUUUAUAUUUCAGUUUCAAUGUAGACCAUUAUGUAUAUAUUGAGUAUAGAUUAUAUAAAAAUGGCUUUAACUCCUUUUCCACUCAAUGUAUUUUGUCGGAUAUCUUAUAUCCAUUUAAUCAAAACCAUCUGUUCUGAUGUCUGAUUAAACAAAUUCUGUGAAGUGAUCCAGUUGAUUCUGUUACGGUGACUUGCAAAACAAUUCGAAAAAUAUUAUAUUUUAAUUCAAAUCAUGAGUCAUUGCUAUACUUUGAUAUCAUAAAGAUGAUUCAUGGUUAAGUCUUAAAUAUUCUUUUCUACAAAUCAAAUUUAAGUUUUAUGCAAAUAUGAUAAUCUUGUCAUUAUUGAACUGUAUGGUUACGUAUUUAACGAUGUAUGCAAGAAAACAAUAAAUAUAUAUCAAUGUACAUUUUA